UUUGAAAAGGUACAUUCAAAUCCUCUCACUUUUCUCAUAUCCAUAAAAAUUAGAUUUUUAUUUUAGGCCAAACGACGUCGCUCGCGGCUUCUCUAUUGAAAAUUUUCGGUUUUUGGGUAAAAAUAAAAUAAUCCAAGGAAAUUUCAGUUCGCCCCUCCGUCCUCUUCCCAACUCCAACAGCCACAGAUCAGAUCCUCUCUCUCUCUGUCCUCCCAUGGAUUUGCUUGCACGCAGUAUCUGCUUCUACCUACUUACCAUUUCUUUGUUUCUCUUCUCGCAAGCUAGGGCCGAAGGUACUGCUUCCGUCUUCUUCAUCGAUAGCUCCACUCAUCGAUUUCUUCGCAGCCCGUCCUCAAACGAUGUCGUCAAGCCUGACUCAAUGUUGCUCCCAGAAGUCAGUGCAGCCGUGUCGGUCUUGCUUGGAUUUGCACCACCUGCCACGCUCUCAGCUGCUGGUUCAGCUAAGUUAAAUGAGGUUCUCAUGCCUAAUCCAUUCAUUAGACCUCGUGCUGUUUUUGUGCUGGAAGUCGGAGGAAUUGAUGAUCCUAGUCUUGUAGUCAAAGAUAACGCCAUGUUCAGCAGCGCCUAUAGUGCCAAGAUUGACUUUGGCUCAAACAAAGCUGACAUUGAGCUUCCAGAUCAAGGUGAAGUCUCUGUGUUUUCUUUGGAUGAACAAUUGGCAGAUUAUACUGUCAAAGAGAUUGGCGAUUUUGCAUCUUCGAUGGGUGGUUCAUAUGUUGUUGAUACAUUGGAACCACUAAAUGGAGAGUUGAGCAUCCCUUUGGCCAAUGGUGACAACUUGAAGCUUCAUAUGUCAAAGGAGGCAGACAGGAUAUUCACAACUAGCCUUCUGUCUCUCAUCCGCAACUUUAGAAGUGCAAUGGAGAUGCAUCAAGAUUUGUCUCACAGUAUCCACAGCCCAGCUGAGUUAUUAACAGGCCGUUUUGAUCGAAUCAAGGUUUUGCAAGAGCAGUAUGGAACUCAAGGUGCUGCUCAUGGAGUGGAGAUGCUACUCGCUACACUGUCCAAGAUAUUUGACUCACUCAAUGAUGCAUACAAAGGUCAAAUUGUUGGAGCUAUCCUUUUCAAUGGAGUUGCACCUGUGGAGUCAGGGAAGAUGUUGAAUGUGAUGUUUACUUGUCAGCCAUCUCCUCGUCGGUUGGCUGAAAAAGAAGUCCCGAAAGAUACAAAGAUUGUGCAAGUGCUUUUGGUUAGACGUACACUUGCUUGGAUCACUGGAAUUAUUCUCAUCAUUUCAACUCUAUUGGGGGUAUGCUUCCUUCUGAAUAUGCCAGUGACCAGGGAUACCUUACUGUACUCUAAUGUCAAGCUGGACUAAGCAUGAACUGGAGGUACGUAUUCAAUGUUCCGAGUGCCGUGAAGAGGCCCAGGUUGCCACUAAACCUAUUAUGACGUGUCUUAUGUAGAUGCCUUGUUGUAUGUAUCCUCGAUUAACAUUGUUGUUGGGAUACUGUUAUCUGAUGAUACUGAACAGGUUUCUCUAGCUAAUCAGAUGCUCUCUAUCACACUGAUGGCAUGAGUUGGGAAUUGGCUUUAAGGAAACGUUAGUUAUUAGACACAAGGGUUAUUAUUCAUUUUUUAUUAUAAAAAAUGUAAAUCAUGGUUUGGGCAUCAGGGGUAUGAACGAGAAAUUUCUUGUAUGUUGAAUGAGGUUUAUUCUCAGCAUUAGGGUGACUUGAGGAGAUUCUCUAUGAUAUAUGUA